AUGGCCCCAAGUAUCCCAGAGCCUGACCAGACAACGUAUGAUGAGGCUCGAAACGGCGCUGCUGCAUAUCUGCAAUCACGGCUAUCAGCGAAAGAUAAUGAUGUCAACGAAAACUUUAUGAUACCCUUUAUCGAUCUCACACCCUCGUUUUCCAAGUCACCUGCGGAUCGUCAGAGAGUCGCAUCUCAAAUUCGAAAGGCAUGCACAACCUCGGGCUUCUUCUACAUUACGAACCACGGGGUCCCAAAAUCGGCGUGUGACGGCAUCUUGCAUCAGGCCGAGCGCUUUGUAACGCAACUUCCACUGGAGAAAAAGGAGGCAUUGCAUCUAAAGAACAACAAAUUCGGGCUAGGGUGGGAACCCAGCGAAUACACAUCUAUUGCCGGCGACAAGGAAGAGAAAGAGGUCUUCAAUUUUGCGUAUGAAGCCGAACUGGACCCUACAGGGGGCGAUGGAAAGUACAAAAACCUCGAUGGCUCUACUGGUAAAAGCAACAUGUGGCCAAGCCUAGAAGACUUGCCAGGCUUCUAUGAUGGCGUCAAAGAAUACUACGGCAGCGUCCUUAAUCUUGCUAGGCACUUGUUCCGUCUCUUCGCCCUCUCUCUUGAUCUUCCCGAAGACUACUUCGACUCCAUGACCACACAUCCAGGCGGCAUCGCAAGGCUCCUCUAUUACCCUCCGCCAAAACACCCUAUUUCUCCAAAUACCGUCUCUACUUCUGACGAGAAAAUCGGUCUCGGGGCGCACUCAGACUACGAGUGCUUCACGUUACUCCUUACAUCCACAACUCCAGGCCUCGAGAUCCUCAAGCCCUCAGGUCAAUGGCACAUUGCCUCGUACAUCCCGGGGGCGCUUAUAGUCAACGUUGCAGAUUUUCUCAUGCGCUGGACUAACGGUUUGUACAAAAGCACUGUACACCGCGUAGUGAACCGGAGUGCGGCACCGCGGUACAGUGUUCCGUUUUUCUUUUCGGUGAAUUACGACACGGUAAUUGAGACGCUUCCAACGUGUCUGAAGGACGGCGAGGAAAGCAAGUGGAGGCCGAUCCGGGCUGGAGAGGCUCAAUGCUACGACGGCGUAUGGGGCAGGGUUCCAACAGGGCACCAGCGAGUAGCCGCGUAAGCCGAUCGUCGCAGGAUGACGUGGGUUGGCUGGGUGGGUUGUUAUCGCUUAUAAUUUCCUUACAUGUUUCAUUAUCUAAUUCCGAGAUAUGAUGAUAGUUGAAGCUUUACUUGGCAUCUGCUUCCGC